UGAAGCUCAACUGAUAUACUGAACUUAACCUGCUGAGAUAAAACUUCACUAAAGCUUCACUAAUUUCACUGAUAUGCUGACUAAUACGCCCUUGAUACGCUAACUCACAUGCUGAUGAGGAUGAUGUGAAGAGAUGGAGCUGAGCUGGAGCUGAGGAGGAAGCUUAACUACUAACUAACUUCAGUUAAUCAGUUCAACUGAUAACUGAAUUCAAUUGGAUUAGUUGAAUCCAACUGGUUAAGUUAGUUUCAGACUUACUUAUAAAUUGAUAUAUUCAUGAUGUAAUCAGGAAACUUCCGGUAAGCGUCGGCGGGAUUUUUACCGAUGCUUAUUAGCUAUGAAAAAUGCCGGUAAAAGUUACUAUUCCUAUAGUGUGAUUACUAUUCCUACAACAACUACCACUACGACAACUACUACCAUAAGUACCAUAAUGACUAUGACCACGACCAUUAUGACCACUAGUACUAAUAGAAUUAUUAUUAUUUUCAUCACCAAGACAUGGCUCUUGAUCCGCAGCUAAUACGAGUGAAUGCAUAUAUCAUUAACCAAAAAUUUUAUCCUCAGAAUUUAUAUUAACAUUGACUACUAGCGACUUCUAAUCCUCCGAAGACGACAAGUUUCACGGUGGUGAAACAUUUCUUUAAAGGUUUCCAAAGUUUGUUAUUGGAAUUUUUUUUUCCCCUCCCUUUGUAAUCAAAUACUAGAAAAGCGGAGCAACCUUUUUACGUGGAAAAAGAUUUUUGGCUCCAAGUUGACAAUAGCCCAGAACCUCGUGAAGUCUUUGCACCAGCCUAUCGCCCUCUUGUUACGAGGGCUAUUCGCUGCACGACCGGAGCAUCCCCUAAUAAAAAACCUCUCCUCCUUGGCAUCCCUCUAAGCCCGUCUAUAUAUUUUUCCAGCCAUCCAUGAACGAUCAAUCAGUCUCAAAGUAGAAUCCGAGCCUGGACUUGGUCGCCCGGGCGGCGUGCAUCCUCCAACCAUACUCGGUUGAAGAGCCGGGCAGGAGAAUUUAUUCUAGUGCCCGGGGUCCUCGCAGCCACCCUUCCAAUGACACCAUUUGAAGCUACUAUAAUUGACAUCCACCACCACCUCCUGGAACAGUUGCCUCGUCAGUGGGGAUUGCCGUAGGAAAAAAGGGAACGGUGGAACCACUCCAAUCUCCUUCGAUCCUGAAAUGAUUGUUCCACAGACCCAACAAAAGUGAGUGUGUGUGUGUGAGAGAGAGAUACAGAUAGAGAUAGAGAGAGAGAGAGAGCCUCUCGAGACAAUCCAUUGUUAAUUAGCUUUGAAGAUAAGACGAGGCUUUUUGGGCAAAGCAUCCUUUGCCAACUUCCAAUCUCGUCAUUUGAUUCCCGCAAGCUAUAAGCCAUGAUGGAGGGGAUCAUGGCAUGGUAGUUGCUAGUUCCUCCUGUGCUGACCCACUAAACUAAGUGGCUUCUAAUACCAGGCUGAUCAUCGGAGGCCGGCGGCAAGGGGGUGCUAACUCCAUCUUCUCCAAGCUGCUGCAUGGGGACAGAACUUCUACUGUUGCUUGUAUUCGUUGCAGGCCUUCGUGUCAGUUAUGGCACCACAGAUCCCACAGACGCUGCUGCUCUCCGAUCUCUAAUGGAUACAUGGCAGAACACACCACCAAGUUGGGGGCAGUCAGAUGAUCCCUGUGGUACACCAUGGGAAGGGGUCGGCUGCAGAAAUUCAAGAGUGACCAUCCUGAAACUGUCAACGAUGGGUCUCAAAGGUACAUUAAGUGGUGACAUAGGGCAACUCAGUGAACUCCAAUCCCUGGACCUGUCCUACAAUAAGGAGCUUGGCGGCCAACUUACUGAAAAUAUUGGAAACCUGAAGAAGCUCACCACCUUAAUCUUGGCUGGCUGCAGCUUCAGUGGUAAAAUCCCAGAUGAAAUAGGAGAUCUAGGAAAGCUCUCAUACUUAGCUCUCAAUUCAAAUAAGUUCACUGGUACGAUACCUGCUUCCCUGGGAACCCUUUCCAAUCUCUACUGGCUAGAUGUGGCAGACAAUCAGUUGACCGGGCCGAUCCCCAUUUCCAAUAAUAGAGCCCCUGGACUGGACCAGCUUUUACACACAAAGCACUUUCAUUUUAACAAGAAUCAGCUAUCAGGUCCCAUCCCUGAACAGCUCUUCAGCUUAAAUAUGUCACUGAUACACAUACUUUUUGAUGGAAAUCAACUUACUGGGGAGAUUCCAGCUUCCAUAGGACUAGUAAAAUCUCUGGAGGUUCUGAGACUUGACAGAAAUUUUCUGAAAGGCUCAGUUCCGUCAAAUAUUAACAGCCUGACAAAUAUCAAUGAACUCAAUUUAGCAAACAACCAGUUAAGCGGACCAAUGCCAAAUCUAACUGGGAUGAACUCCCUCAAUUAUGUGGAUUUAAGCAACAACACAUUUGAUUCUUCCGAAAGCCCAGCUUGGUUCUCACAAAUAGAAUCUCUCACUGCUCUAGUGAUACAAUCCGGAAGGCUUUAUGGGCAAGUGCCAGAAAAGCUGUUCAGCUUCCCUCAACUACAGCAAGUAAUACUUGAUGACAACAAAUUCAAUGGUACCCUUGCCAUGGGCAACAGCAUCAGCCAGCAAUUACAGAUUGUGAGCUUCAAAAAUAACGCCCUUGACUCAGUCGCUCUGCAUCCCGGAUAUGACAUGACUUUAAUACUUGCUGGAAACCCUGUGUGCAAUAAUCAGCUCUCAGAUACUACCUAUUGCAGCCUUCAGCAAAAGCAAUCAUUACCUUACUCCACCAGUCUUGCCAAUUGUGGUCCGAAGCAGUGUCCCCCAGAUCAGAGUCUCAGCCCUUCAAAAUGCAACUGUGCUUAUCCAUACGAGGGAGUGAUGUUUUUCAGAGGACCUAGAUUCCGAGAUUUGACAGACAGCACAUUGUUCCAAGAGCUGGAGAGGACCAUGUGGAUAAAACUUGGCCUAGAACCUGGCUCAGUGUUUCUUAAAAACCCAUUCUUCAGUGGUGAUUCUUAUCUGCAGUUGCAAGUAAAACUCUUCCCGUCCGAUGGAAUGUACUUCAACCGGUCUGAGAUUCUGAGAAUUGGGUUUGAUCUGAGCAACCAAACUUACAAACCUCCAAAAAGUUUUGGACCAUACUAUUUCAUUGCAUCACCAUACCCUUUCCCAGAUGUGGAAGGAAGAUCCUCAAUGAGCCCUGGUUUGAUCACUGGAAUAUCAGUUGGCUGUGCUCUCCUUGUUCUUGGACUUGUAGGAGCAGGAGUCUAUGCCUUGAGACAGAAGAAACGGGCACAAAGAGCAAUGGAACUAAGUAAACCUUUUGCAUCAUGGACUCGCAGUGGUGAAGAUAGUGGUGGUGCACCACAAUUGAAAGGAGCAAGAUGGUUUUCAUUUGAUGAACUAAAGAAAAGCACCGACAAUUUUUCAGAAACUAAUCAAAUUGGAUCAGGCGGAUAUGGAAAGGUCUAUAGAGGAUUGCUUUCCAGUGGGCAACUAGUUGCAAUCAAGAGGGCACAAGAGGGAUCUAAGCAAGGCGCACUUGAGUUCAAGACUGAAGUUGAGUUGCUAUCUAGGGUUCAUCACAAAAAUCUAGUAACACUUGUAGGUUUCUGCUUUGAGCAAGAGGAGCAGAUGCUGGUAUAUGAGUUCAUGCCUAAUGGAACGCUACGUGAAAGCUUGUCUGGGAAGAGUGGAAUAAAACUGGACUGGAAGAGGAGACUCCGCAUUGCACUAGGCUCAGCAAGAGGAUUAGCUUAUCUUCAUGAACUUGCUGAUCCUCCAAUAAUUCACAGAGAUGUUAAGCCAAGUAAUAUCCUAUUGGAUGAGAACUUUACUGCAAAGGUUGCAGAUUUUGGCCUCUCAAAAUUGGUACCAGACAGUGAACAAGGACAUGUUACUACACAAGUAAAAGGAACAUUGGGCUAUCUAGAUCCGGACUAUUACAUGACACAACAGCUGACAGAGAAGAGUGAUGUUUAUAGCUUUGGGGUGGUGAUGCUAGAGCUGGUAACUGCUAGGCAACCACUAAAGAAAGGCAAGUAUAUUGUUCGUGAGGUCGAGAUGGCAAUAAAUAAAAAUGAUGAAGAGUACUAUGGUCUCAAGGAGAUAAUAGAUCCCAUAAUUCAGAAUACAACAUAUCUCAUAGCCUUCAGACAAUUCAUAGAAUUGGCCAUGUGCUGUGUCAAAGAAUCAGCUGCAGACCGCCCAACAAUGAGCAAUGUUGUAAAGGAAAUUGAGAUGAUGUUGCACAAUGAUGGUCUGGACACAAACUCAACUUCAGCAUCUUCAUCUGCCACAGACAUUGGAAAAACAAAGGGUGAUCCUCGUCAUCCUUACAACGAUUCAUUUCUUCGAAAGGAUGUUAGUAGCAGUGCUUUCGAAUACAGUGGCGGAUACUCUCCGUCAGCAAAUCCCGAACCCAAGUAGCAGAUAUUCUUUUCCUUUUACAUGAUCUUCCUUUGCUGUAGAUCUCUAGUAUUAUUUAUCAGGGUCCUAAACAAGUAUAUGUCGACCACUAAAUGUUACUGCAGUUUGUAAGUCUAGAUAAUUUUCCCCUUAAAAGCAAUGCCAAAUAUAUAUCGAUUUGAUAAUCUAA